AUGAUUGAAGAUUUCUCCUCUUCGUCUGAUGACACCGCAGGGUACGCCUCAGAUGAUUGCAACACUGAUACUGAUUCGGAAGUUGAAUCUUUAUGGUUAGAAUCGGAGAGAGAAACUUCAAAUGCAUCUGUUAGCAACAUAAAAACUAAGCAUGAUUCAGAAGAAUCACCAGAGAAAGAUUUCAACUUCAUCCAAGAAAAGGAUAAUCCAACUGAGUGGAUUCAGACUGCAAACAUAGAAGAUGAUGUGGAAGACAUAAAAGAUGAAGUAUUGAAUACAUCAGUUGCAUUAGAGCAAAACGCCAAUGUCUCUAGACGAGACAUAGAUGAAAAUUUCGAGGAUAAUGCUGAUGAAGUGGAGUAUGCUUCAGAUUUCGCCGAAGAAACCACGGAGUCCGAUGGCGAGGUCCUAUGGAUUCCAACGAAGACUAGUGUAGAUGAGGAUAGUCUUAAUCGAAAUGAUAGGCCUGAAUGGAGUCAAACUGAUUUGCAAUGUUUGGUUGUCGCAUCUGUCAAAGAACACAUGGAUGCCUUAACGAAGGGUGGGGAGGAAGAAGCCAUACGACCCCAAACUGUCAACGUAUUGCAAAAAUUAGAGGCAACAAGUCACCGUCUGUCUUGUCAAAAUCCUACACAGAACAAACUGUCAGCUGUGCAUAUGGAGGAGAGAGAAGAUGGACCUCGAAGUUUUCAUGGAAUGAGAAGUGAAUCUGAUUUUGGAUACACAUCCGAUCUUUCUGAGGAUGAAAUUGCUGAGGCGUCAGGAGGUAGUGGAAGUGAAACAGAUCCAGAGCUGGAAGCUAUUUGGCUGUCUUCUCUUGAAGUUGACGCUAACACACGUUCAUCCUCAACACCCAAGACAAAUGUGGACGUAUACAGGCCCUCGAUUCAUGAAGAUUUUUUCGAAUCAAAAGGAUAUGGAAUAGAAAAUAAGGAUACUAAUUAUGGAGAUGAGUUGCAGCUAUCACCAACAUCCUCUGAGAGUGGAUCGAAAUGCUCUGAAUCCUCCUCUUUCGAUGUCAAUUCCAACAUGAAAGAAUCUUGGCGGGAAAAUUUAACAGAGGAUAUCGAUCCCGAUGAUGAAUACUUGGUACGUUAUGAGAAAUCGGAUAAUUCGGAAGAUGAAACUGAUGUGUUGAACCAAGAACGAAGACUCCCAACACUAGCUGAUGAUUUUGAAGAUCAUUCAAGUGCACCAUGUGAGAGCUCUUCUCAAUCUGAUCCAAGUAUAGGUCUGUUUAAGAACGUUCCAAAAUGUGUCGGAUGUGGAAGUUACUUUGCUACAUGGAGAAUUAGAAAUUGUGCAGCUUGCCGCAAACCUCCAAAGCAUCCUAAUAUAUGCUCAAAUAAGAAGAGGAAAUAUCGUUGUAAAUAA